AUGUCUGGCGUUAACAAGUCUGAGAUCAACAGCAGCGCGAUAGCGCUGCAAAAGCUGGGCAGCGACGGGGCCGUAGAAAGUGAGGAAAAAACAUCGCUGCCGGAAAGCGAGUACAAAUUUCACACGGACGAGUCCAGAUCGGCUUUCCAAAGGUUUAAGCGCUCGUUCAGAAGAGCAGACGAGUCCUUGAUUCACCACGAUGGCGAGUUUGGCGUCGAAGUGGGCCAAAAGUCCGAUGGUCAACUGAAACAAACCAUUAAAUCCAGACAUGUUCUGAUGAUAUCGCUCGGUACGGGGAUCGGCACCGGUAUGCUGGUCGGUAACGGUAAGGCGCUCCACAACGGUGGGCCCGCCGGUUUGGCUAUCGGUUACGCCAUUAUGGGUUCGUGUCUAUACUGCAUCAUCCAGGCCGCUGGUGAGCUCGCUGUGGUGUAUAGCUCGCUGUCCGGUAAUUUCAACGCCUAUCCAUCCAUUUUGGUCGAGCCUGCCUUUGGUUUCUCCGUGGCCUGGGUCUACUGUCUGCAAUGGUUGUGUGUUUUCCCGCUCGAGCUGGUCACCGCCUCGAUCACAAUCAAAUACUGGACCACAUCGGUCAAUCCCGACAUUUUUGUUGCCAUCUUUUACGUGCUCACCAUCCUGGUCAACCUGUUCGGGGCCCGUGGGUACGCUGAGGCCGAAUUCUUCUUCAACUCCUGCAAAGUCCUCAUGAUUACCGGGUUUUUCAUUUUGGGUAUCAUCGUCAACUGCGGUGGUGCUGGUAACGACGGCUACAUUGGCGCCAAGUACUGGCACGACCCCGGCAGUUUUUACGGAACCAAGCCAAUCCAUCAUUUCAAAGGUAUCAUUGCGACCAUGGUCACUGCAGCCUUUGCCUUUGGAGCCACCGAAUUCAUCGCUUUGACCGCUGCCGAGCAAGCCAACCCAAGACGUGCCAUUCCCUCUGCUGCCAAAAAAGUUGUGUACAGAAUCGUGCUCAUCUUUUUGGUGCCAAUUGUUUUGGUGGGCUUUUUGGUUCCUUUCAACUCAGACCAGCUAAUGGGCUCUGGUGGCUCUGCUACUCACGCCUCUCCUUAUGUUAUUGCCAUUGCUUCCCAUGGUGUCAGAGUUGUCCCUCACUUUAUCAACGCUGUCAUUCUCUUGUCGGUGUUGUCGGUUGGCAACUCUGCUUUCUAUUCCAGUUCACGUCUACUGCUGUCCCUUGCGGACCAAGGCUAUGCUCCCAAGGUCUUCAAAUACGUGGACCGCGAAGGAAGACCCAUUAAGGCUAUGGUGGUGUCUAUGAUUUUUGGUCUGAUCUCGUUCGUCGCUGCCUCUCCAAAGGAGGAAACCGUGUUUACGUGGCUACUAGCUAUCUCCGGUUUGUCGCAGCUGUUUACCUGGAUUUCCAUUUGCGUAUCUCACAUUCGCUUUAGAAAGGCUCUACAAGUUCAAGGCAGAAGUGUCGGAGAGCUGGGCUUCAUGUCUCAGACUGGCGUGGCUGGUUCCUACUACGCUACAGUUAUCAUGGUCUGUGUUCUUAUUGGCCAAUUCUGGGUAGCCAUCGCGCCUGUGGGUACUGACAAAUUGGAUGCCAACAACUUCUUUGAGAACUACUUGGCGCUACCUAUUUUGGUGGUACUGUACUUUGGUUACAAGCUAUGGACCAAAGACUGGAGACUAUACAUUCCUAGUGAGCAAGUUGAUCUGAACACGGGCCGUAAGGUAUUUGACGAAGACCUCGUGAAGCAGGAAGACGCCGAGUACGAGGAACACAUUCGCAACUCUGGAUGGCUAAGAAGAGUUGGACACUACUGGUGUUAA